CUAGUCCAUCUAUCCGCCUGCCUCGCCCUAAUUCCUUGCUCUUCUUUCAUCUUUCAAUCGGUUCUUUGUCGAGCUUCCCUCCGACGGAGGAUGCAACUCGGCGCUAACGACCUGCACAUGUAUAUAUACAGCAUACAUAUAUAUAUAUAUAUAUAUAUAUAUGUUAGCUCCAAUUUUAAUUCAAUUUACAAGCACGAUUCUGGAAAUGUGUAGAUAAGCAUGUGUACACAUUAAUUGACUCGUCAAAUUUAAAGAACUAAAGAAUUCUGUUGGAGACAGAUGCGGUUUUUAACGAGAAUAAUUGCUUGUCCUCUAUUUCAUCCUCCGACAUAGCUAAUUUUUGCCAAACUUUCAGACGAGUGUUAUUCAUAAAAUAGUAUUUUUAAAAAAAUUAGAUUGAAAUCGUAAAAAAGCUAUGGGUAUGUGGGCGUCAUUAAAAUCAUUCGCGAAUAAUUAUUGUUAAUUACAAGCUCGAGAAGAAUGGCGAGCGUAUUAGCAGCAGAAAUCGAGUAUGCGCGAGAGAUGACAAAUGAAACGAUAGGUGUAAGUUGGAAAAAAAUGAGCGAACCGAAGAGAAUGAUCUUUCUCGUGAUACACAUUUAGAUUGUAAAGACAUUUCUUUUAUUCCACUUACGAAUAUUAGUCCUGUUGUAUUACAAUGGUUUUCUCCUCAUUUAAAUACCUAUUUAUUUAUYGAAUGUCCACUUAUAAGAGUCGUAAGAUAUAGCACCACUAUUAUGAGUACUAUCUCGAUUAAUAUUCCAGGAACAUUACGGGUUUACGACUGUAUGCGCACGUUCGCAUCGUCUAAUCCUUGAAUUUCGAUGCGACUCAAGCACGUUACGAACAUUACCUAUAUCUUUACACUGUUCCUGCCUUGAGAGCCUGUUUUUUCAACAGGAUCCUUAUUAUACACCAUUUCAACGAUCUUACAAUGAUUUAUUAACGAAUUAAUAACGAAUUAAUAACAAUCCCAUCCCCAACCCCCAUAUUUUAUUAAUAAUGGUUACUUUCAACUCGAAGCAAAUUAGCUAAGUUUACCAUUAAAUCAAACAUUUUUCAAUUCAAAACGAUUUUAUCCAAUUAAAAAGCAGGAAAGCAUUUUCCUUCUCUCUCUCUCGUCGUGGCCGUGUCCGGUCGAAGGUAGGAUGGUCAUCGGACCAUCUGUCGUAGGUUUCAAAUGCACGCGAUGUACCAUGACGUUGGAAAAAAUAAUUUGAUAGCGUGCGUCUGUUUUUAAUAUACGCUUUCAUAUGUGCUUUUCAUCAACAGAUAUAUAGAUAAAUAGAUAUAUUGGUUACUUUAUCGUUGAGAAAGUGAAAAAAGAUACAAUACUACGUUCUCUCUGCGAACGUAGAAGAAGACAGAAAAUUGCCGAUCCUAGACUUACGCCAAAUAAUCUCAUCAAAUUUGUUAUAGGCAAUGCAAUGAACGCGCUGAAUUGCGCUUUUAUACGUUGGACGAGUCGAGCAAUUCUGUUGUCUAUUUAUUAAAUAAACGUUCAAGGUGCACUGCGAAAGCAUAGAAACACUCCUUAACUCGAGAAGAGAAGUAUCUUAUGAAAGAUAAAUCGUCAAGAUAAAAAGUCAAGUUCAUAAAUACAUAUAUAUUCAAUUGGCGCAUUGAAUCGAUUUGAAAUGCAAAAAUCCGAUUGAAUGUGGAUCAGAUGGAAAAGCGACAAAGGGAUAAGGUUUUCGUCGAUACGUCUCGAAGGGUUCUUGCUAAAACUUGUAACUCUUAUCAAUGAUUGCCGAUAACGAAAACGCAUCAACGAUCCAUUCUUAUACUCGCACGAAAGAUUAUAGAUUUGAUCGAGGACAGGAGCGAUCGGUUUUGCGGAUGCGUCGUAUCCGGUAAUUUGACUAUUGUCGAUUGUAUCCGACGAUACCACGAACGUGGGUGGGUGCACGACGCAAGUAGAACAUUGCGCGCGCGACGGCCCUGUUGCCCCUUAUACUAUUUCAAUCAAAAUUUAUUUCGUGAAAAAAAACAUUGGAAAAAAGCAAAUUCGUUGGUUUGUUCGCACGUUCGAGUCUUUGCGCACACGAGUAUCGAUUUCCGGAAAAAACCUGUCCCUCUAAUCUGUCAUUUUCUUCUUUUCCUGUUUCUUUCACGGACAUAAAAAGAAUACUGAAUCGUUUAACAUUUUUUAUAUCCUCCUUCCUGUUACUUCCUGUAGCAAGGAGCACAAGGUGUCGUUGGUCAUAGUAGUGAUAGUUUGUACGAUCAUACAGUUAGUACGAUUGAAAGGACAAAUUAGAUAAAUUUACCAAGAUCAUUCGUUUUUAGUUACCGCGAUAAAUACUAUCAGUAAUAUAGUAGAAACGAGGGGAUAAUCUAUUUUGCAACAAGAAGAUAGGUGAGAACUAAAUCUUUUCCUUUUUUUCUCCUUUAUUUAUUCUCCCAGGGUGGAUGCGUCGCGUGAAAUACUUUUUCCUACUUUUCCAAACUUUAUCCACGAUCGUGAAUCUUUUGAUAAAAAGGCACGAAUGCCUACAAUAUAUUUGCUUUUGGCAUGAUUUACGACAGUCUUGCCGGUUACGCGUGCCCUAUAUCCCAUCUCUUUCUUUUUUAAAUGCAUACGCAAAAGAUAUUCGCACAACCGCUCCAAAGUGUAGUUAUAAUGGUAAAAGGAAUAAUCAGAGAAACGAAGUUAUAUGUCGUUGUUAAGGUUUCUCGUUUUUACACGUUCGGCAGAGAGAGAGAGAGAGAGAGAGCGAGAGGGAGAGAGCGAGAGGGAGAGAGAGAGCUCGACCCUUUCUUUCUUUCUUUCUUUUUUUCUUGGGAUGUCACGACCCUCUCGCGACCCUCCUACGACCCUCCUACGACCCUCCUCCUAUAACCCUCGUGCAACCCUUGUGAAAACGACACGCGACACCGCUUGCCCUCUCUCGCGUAACGCAGCCAAGAGUUAGCCGAUGAGACCCGCAGAUGUUUGGCUUCGCUCUUCGACCGAAGUACAAGCGCUCAGGAUGCUGGAACUUGUUAUACCGCAAUACGUGGUACGAGGACAGAACAUACGUCUCGAGUGUAGCUUUAACCUGGACGGUGAAAUACUCUAUUCGGUUAAGUGGUACAAAGAUGGCAACGAAUUUUAUCGAUACGUACCUAGGGAUAUGCCACCUGUAUUGGUUUUCUCACUUCCCGGCGUUACCGUCGACAUACAUAACUCUACCGAACGAUCGGUCGUUCUUUCUUCCGUUAAUCUAAUGAGUUCUGGGAGAUAUAGGUGCGAAGUCUCGGCGGAAGCACCUUCCUUUCAAACAGUAUCCGAUCAUUCGGAUAUGAUGGUAGUCGCUCUACCCGAAAAUGGACCUGUUAUCACAGGUAGACCUGGCAGACGUCGCUAUCAAGUAUCGGACGUUGUGCGAUUCAAUUGUACGUCGGCUAAAUCGAAACCAGCCGCCAUGCUCAGUUGGUUCAUAAAUGGCGAACCUGUCGAUCCGCAAUACCUAAGAGGACCUCAUAUCACUGAGGUAGACCGCGAGGGUCUAGAGACUGCCGUACUUGGUUUGGAGUUUCGUUUGCGUACGAAGCACUUUAAGAAGGGUGACAUGAAGAUCAAAUGCCUGGCGACGAUAGCGACCGUAUAUUGGAAAUCGAACGAGCUCAGUAUAGAGGGUGAAAGGCCCUUAAAGAUGCCGGUAAUGGAGAGUAGAGAGACAAGAGCGCAAGGCCAUACACACGCCGAACACAUUUUAGCCAGUGCAAAUAUCAAAUCCGUAGGAUCGUCCCUGUCGCUAUUAACCCUAGGAUUGUUUAUACUCCGGAUGAUUGUAAAGUAUGUAAAUCUAGACUGUGUACCAAAGAUAUUCCAAUUUUCGCGAUCAACAUUCCUAAUUGUUAAUUAUAGUCGUAGAAUAUGUAAAGAGAUAAAUCCGUAUAAAAUUUCAUAUAUGACAACGGACGACGAGAAUAUUUUGUACAUAUGUACAUAAAUAAAACGUACGUUAUAUAUGUAUGUAUAAGAUUAUAAGGUAAAAUGAUGUUAAGUUAAGGAAUAGAGAAAAAAAGUAUCGCUAUAUUACUGAUCUUUCAGAGUACUGAGAUUUAUAACAAGAGAAUUCUGUCCAAAUAUCUUGUAUACCAAGGAAAUAAAAUCAUAAAGAAAGACAAAAAAAAAAAAAAA